UUUAGAAUACAGUACAAUUCGUACUCUCUAAUCAGUCUCUGAUCCCUACCGUGUGCGUCAGCGUCUCCGUUCCUCAAAAUGAGUACAAACCUUGAAGACCUACUCCAAACCACCUUCCAACACCAAACCAUCGCAACCCACAAACAAACAGGUACCAUUCACGAAAACCACACAACAAUAGCUUCCCUGGAGGUCGUCCUCAACGACGGUACCACUCUCAACAUCGCCGCGAAAACCCUCCCGGAGUCACCGCUCUUCGCCGUGCUCCAAGCAAGUCUGCAGAAAGAAAUCAACUUCUACAACAUCGUAGCCCCAACUCUGCAGUACUUCCAAGAACGGGAGGACGUUGAUGAGUUGUACUUUUUGCCGGCGAGCUAUGGAACGAAUCUCAGCCAAAGCACCAUCCUGCUCGAAAAUCUCAAGUGUCAAGGGUACGAGAACGUGGACGAGCGCUUGAAUUUGGGUACCACCAGACAAGUACUCAAGGACUUGGCGAGUUUUCACGCCAUUCCGCUGGCGCUCAAACUCAAAGAUCCGAAAGUCUUCGACACGAAAGUCAAACGGUACUUGAGUAAGGCUGUCACGCUUGAUUACAGCCAGGCGGUUUUGAAAAUCGUUAAAAUCGUGGAGGAGGAAUCUGAGUUUGAGUCGUACUUGGACAGAAUUAAGGAGAAGUUGGAAGAAGUACCGGAGAAGGCACUUCGGGCCCCGUUUUCCACGAUGAUACACAGCGAUUGUUGUUUGAGGAACAUAUUAGUGAAGAAUGGGGAUGGUACUGCUGAUAUUAAGUUGAUAGAUUUUCAGCACUGUAGUUACGGGUCGCUUGCUGACGAUUUGAUUUUGUUUCUUUAUACUAGUGUGCAGAGGGAAGUUUUGGAGGAACACAGCAACGGGUUGAUUGAGUUUUAUCACAGCAACUUGGUGAGAGUACUGGAGGAGUGUAAAUGUGACCCUACUCCGUUUUCUCUGGACGCUCUAUUAAAAGAAAUGAAGACUGUGACUAGUGAGGGUCAGUUUGUUCACGUUUUGUCGGUUCUUCUGUCACUGUUUCAAACUAAAGACUCGGACCGGCUUUUACUUAAAGACAGAAUACUCUUUGUAGUAAAAAAUUUCGUAGAAAGGAAAUGGAUUUGAUGUAACUCAAUAAAACUUUACAACCUU